GAUCAUCAAUUUCGUUUUGCCGCGAGUUGUGUUUGUAGCUCGUCCGUCGGCAUGUCGUCGUUUUCGCGAGGUGUCUGCCGAUGCAUGUUGGUAAACACUCGGCGCCUUCGAGUCCGGGAUGUGAACAGCGUUCAGUGUCGAGGAGCGGCGUCCCAGGUCGGUGCCGCGCGCAGAGAGAAGCGCGGGGCCGGCGCCGAUCAUGGGAGCAAGCUGUCCGAUGUCGACCCUCAGCUCCGCAACCUGUGCGAAAAGUUUCCGAAAACUUUCGGCCGGAGGACAGACCGCCCGGAAAACAUUUACCAUGUUCACAGCGUCGCCGUUGGCAUGCUGAUGGAAAGCAUUGGCACCAUGGCUGACUUGGACGAUGCGGUCCUUUUCGAAGCAAAUCCUGGUCCCGGUAUCUUGACCAGGUGCCUUCUCAAGUCGGGUGUUCCACAUCUCAGGGUCUUCGAGAAGAACCCGCUGUUUUUGAAAGAGCUCGAGGGGCUGAAGCAGAGGUACCCGUCCCAGCUGGAGGUGGUGGAGGAAGACCUCCUUCGGUUGCCGACCCUCCAGGCCUGCGACAGCUACGGCAUCACCUCGAGGGUGGACGCACUUCUCAGAGGGCUGCCACCGCAGGCGUGGAAAGAGCCGCCCUGCCUUCUGGUGAUAGCGAGCCUGUCGCGCAAGCGGGAGCUGAGCUUCCUCCGCUUCCUGCUGCACAUGCUUCCGCAGAGGGCCUCCCUGUUUGCCAUUGGACGCAUCGACUUCCUCCUCUUCCUCACGGAAACCGAGUACACCUACCUUAGUGCAUCAAAUUCUGACCACAAUUUCAAGAAGUACCGGGACGUGAGCAUCCUCUACAAGUUGUUCUUUGACAUUGAAGUGUUGGGAAAGGUGCCACGGGCUCUGUUUCUUCCUCUCCCUCAGAAGGAGGGAAAGACGCCAGAUCAGAGGAUGUGCAAUGGCCAACAGAUGCACCUGGUUCAUCUGAGUCCUCGAAGUGACCUCUUCGACAUCCUUGAUCCUCCGGAGCGGCUCCAGGAACUGGUGUUCUUCAUCCGGCAGAAUAUGGUCAAGCGCAGCGCCUACAUCAUCCCCACCCUUGAGAAGUGGAUCCCUGGCUGCGGACCACGGCUGAUCCGCGGCGGAGUGCGCGUCUUCGACCGCAUGGGAGACCUCAGUCCCAACCAAGUGCUGUCCGUCUUCCGGCUGUUCUCCUCGCUGCCGGAGUACGCGCACUCCCCCUUCCAGGCCGCCGUCGCGCGGGAGAUGCCCCCGACGCACGACGACGACCACGACGAAUCCUGAGCAAGCGGCGUUCCGACAGUGUGCGCUGUUCAGAUUUCCAAUCCGAUUUCAUGAGGCAAACUGCAUUAAACGCACUUUCCUCGCUGUA